AUGGCCGAACUCGAAAAGGCUAACGACAAAAUCGUCGAAUAUGCGACUCAGCCUUAUGCCGGGUUGUCGCCUGAAGAUGCCGAUUUCAUGCGCCAAUAUGAGGGUAAGGCUGGUAAGAAAGUAGUCAGGAAGAUCGAUUUCCGCCUUAUCCCCAUCAUGGCAAUUCUUUACCUUCUUUCGCAUAUCGAUAGAGGAAAUAUUGGAAACGCUAAAAUCGAAGGAAUGGACAAGGAUCUGGGUUUGGUUGGCAAUCAGUAUAACAUUGCCAGUACCAUUUUCUUCGUGCCCUACAUCAUCUUCGAGGUACCAUCCAACAUUGUCCUCAAGAAGGUCCGGCCUAGUAUUUGGCUGUCCUUCUUGAUCAUUGCUUGGGGGAUUGUUAUGACCUGUAUGGGUGUCGUCAAGAACUUUGAUGGCCUGAUAGCCUGCCGAGUUGUCCUGGGCGUAUUUGAGGCCGGUUUCUUCCCCGGUGCAGUUUAUAUCGUCUCAACCUGGUAUCCUCGCCAUGAACUUCAACAACGACUCGCGCUCUUCUACACAGCCUCCGCAUUCUCAGGCGCUCUCAGCGGUCUUCUUGCGUUUGGUAUCGCCCGAAUGGAUGGAGCCCGAGGAAUCGACGGCUGGCGUUGGAUUUUCCUGAUCGAAGGUGCAGUCACUGUAACCGCGGGACUCGUUAUGCCCUUUCUGAUCAUAGAUACACCCGAGCGCGCAAAGUGGCUCUCGGACGACGAGAAGCGCUUCGUCGACCUUCGCCUUCGUCUUUCUGGUGUCCGGGCCAACUCCGACGAGGGUGACAAGUUCUCAUGGAAGUUGCUCAUUCGCACAAUGGUCGACUGGAAGAUAUUCCUCGCCAUUUUGCUUGCGUGGGCAAAUUCGGUCCCCAAUGCCGCCUUCAAGUUCACCAUGCCGCAGAUCAUCAACCAGCUAGGAUUCUCAACAGCAGAGUCGCAGUUGCUCACAAUUCCGCCAUACGUCUGCGGUGGUAUCUCGGCUUGGGUGACUGGGCGGUUCUCUGAUCGAUUUUCCUGGCGGAUGCCGUUCAUUGUCGGCCCUCUUUCUGUUCUUGUUGUCGCGAUGGCAGUCCUUUUCAAGUACUCCGAGAAUGUAAAGGAUAAUGUUCCGGCGAUGUAUAUCGGUGUUGUCCUCGCACAAAUUGGUAUAUAUCCUCUUCUUCCAGGCAUCAGCGCCUGGACUGGGAAUAAUCUGGCUCCAUCCUGGAAAAGAUCCAUCGGCCUUGCGUGGGUUCUUGCAGCUGGCAAUUUAGGAAGCAUAAUCGGAACGAACGUCUUCCUAGACCGCGAGGGCCCACGGUAUCCCACCGGAUAUGGGACAGCUCUCGGAGUCAUCUGUCUCGGUGUUGGGUGUGCCGUGGCUAUGGAAUUCUUUUUGUGGCGAUCAAACCAAGCCAAGUCUCGACUUUCAGAAGACGAAAUUCGAGAGCAAUAUACGCCGGAACAGCUCGACGCCAUGGGCGAAAGAAGUCCAUUGUACAGGUAUACCUUGUAA